AUGCCGUCGGACGAGUACACAUCAAUAAGCCGCGGACCGCUCAAACUUAAAGGGGACGCCGGCAUAACUAAAAAGAAAAAGAAGAAGAAGGACAAGUCGCGAGCCGGCACUGACCUUGAGAAGAAUCUCUCCACGGGCGGAGGAGGCAGCGCCGACGACGAACCGCGCAACGACACUAAAUCUCAUGACACACCAGAAGACGAAAGCGACAAGCAGUUUCAGGAAAAGUUCCCAAGCCAGGAAGACAAGGAGCAAGAAGAGAACAGCAAGACAGAAGCAGAGCGGCGCUUCGCCGAGGCGAAGAAGAAGAGGCUAAAAGAGCUAGCUGAGUCAGGGCGUAUCCGGCCCGAGUUGCUCAAGACACACAAGCAGCGGGUCGAGGAGCUCAACGCGCACCUGUCGCGGCUGAGCGAGCAUCACGACAUGCCCAAGAUCGGGCCUGGUUAA